AAAUUUCCAGAUACAAUGUUUUCAUUAAACGGAAGCUCCUCUCCGAGUGUUUCUGUUUACGGCGUUUCGAAGAGCUUGGCGCGGAGGAAGAUCGGAGCUCCGUUGGUGGCGGCGGCGGCUGCGAGCUCGAAUCGCAGCCAGGGAGAUGGAAAUGUCGUUUUGAUGGAGAACAAAUUGAAUGUGGUGAGAGAGAGUGCUCCGGCUGCUACAGCACCGGUGACUGAGAAAGACUCGAAAUCCGGCGUGGAAGAUUUCUACGGGGAGGAUGACGUCUCGGCGGAUCAGAACGUCACGCCGUGGGCUGUCACCGUUGCUAGUGGAUAUCCGCUGUUGCGGGAUCCCCGCUACAAUAAAGGCCUUUCCUUCAAUGAGAAAGAGAGAGAUGGGCACUUUUUACGCGGUCUACUGCCUCCGGUGGUCAUAAGCCAAGAUCUUCAGGUUAAGAAAAUGAUGCACAACAUUCGCCAAUACCAAGUACCGUUGCAAAGGUACAUGGCCAUGAUGGAUCUUCAGGAGAGAAAUGAACGACUGUUUUACAAGCUGCUCAUUGACAAUGUUGAGGAGCUGCUCCCAGUUGUCUAUACUCCAACUGUAGGUGAAGCAUGCCAAAAAUAUGGGAGCAUUUUCGGGCAGCCUCAGGGUCUUUUCAUCAGCCUAAAAGAAAAGGGACGGAUACUCGAUGUAUUGAAGAACUGGCCAGAGAAGAAAAUUCAGGUGAUUGUAGUGACAGAUGGUGAGCGAAUUUUGGGACUAGGAGAUCUCGGGUGCCAGGGAAUGGGGAUACCUGUAGGAAAGCUCUCAUUGUAUACGGCUCUUGGUGGCAUCCGUCCUUCUGAGUGCUUGCCCGUGACAAUUGAUGUGGGCACAAAUAAUGAGCAGUUGCUCAAUGAUGAGUUCUAUAUUGGACUUAGAAGGAAAAGAGCAACAGGACAGGAGUAUGCUGAGCUUCUGCAUGAGUUCAUGUGUGCAGUGAAGCAGAUUUAUGGAGAGAAAGUCAUCAUUCAGUUUGAAGACUUUGCAAAUCACAAUGCUUUUGAUCUCCUUGCAAAGUAUGGAUCUACACAUCUCGUGUUCAACGAUGAUAUUCAGGGUACAGCAUCAGUGGUCCUUGCAGGGUUGAUUGCAGCACUUAAGUUAGUUGGGGGAACCUUGGCUGACCACUCAUUCUUAUUCCUUGGAGCUGGAGAGGCUGGUACUGGUAUAGCAGAUCUCAUAGCUCUUCAGAUAUCAAAACAGACUGGUGCCCCAUUGGAAGAGGCUCGUAGGAAGAUUUGGCUCGUGGACUCCAAAGGGUUGAUUGUCCGUUCUCGUAUCGAUUCACUUCAACAUUUUAAGCGGCCCUGGGCUCAUGAACAUGAACCUGUCAAUAAUUUGUUAGACGCUGUGAAGGCUAUCAAACCAACAGUACUAAUAGGAUCAUCGGGAGCAGGACGAACAUUUACAAAAGAAGUGGUUCAGGCCAUGGCAUCGUAUAAUGAGAAACCUGUUAUUCUCGCGCUCUCCAACCCAACGUCGCAGUCUGAAUGUACUGCUGAGGAAGCUUACAUGUGGAGUGAGGGCCGAGCCAUUUUCGCCAGUGGCAGCCCCUUUGCCCCAGUCGAAUACAAUGACAAACUUUAUGCUUCCGGCCAGUCAAACAACGCUUACAUCUUUCCUGGAUUUGGCCUCGGUUUGCUAAUUUCUGGAGCAAUUCGCGUCCAUGACGACAUGCUUCUGGCUGCUUCGGAAGCAUUAGCAGCACAGGUUAGCCAAGAGAACCUCGAAAAGGGACUCUUAUAUCCACCAUUUUCAAACAUCAGAAAGAUUUCAGCUCAAAUAGCAGCCAAAGUAGCAGCUAAAGCAUAUGAACUCGGGCUCGCGACUCGGCUACCUCAACCGCAAAAUCUAGUAGAAUAUGCAGAAAGAUCUAUGUACAGCCCCAAAUAUCAUAACUACCGCUGAAGCGAUGGAGAAAGCCUUCAAUUGGUCACAUCCAACUGCUAAGUAUUUUUUUUAUUCAUAAUAUUUUCUGCUCGAUUUUUUCUUCUAACAAAGCUAUUGGUUCAGACACUAGAACUAGGUGUUUGAAUUUAACAUGUAGAAUGCUGAAACUUAUAUAAUUGAAGUUAAGAUUGUUUUCUUGGA